ACUACCCAAAACCCCACCGAAGGAGGCUGCUAGUUAGUUAGUUUAGGUGACACCGGUACACAGUGUCCUUCGACCCCACCUGCCGUGAACUGCUCUCCCGCGGUUCUGUUAGCAACUUCCCUCGCAGUAAGGUUGGUUAGAGCGUUGGGCCGGUAACCGAAAUGUUGCUGGAUCGAAUCCCCGAGCUGACAAGGGAGGCAAAUAAACAACAUGUUCGGUGUCAGAAGUGUUUGGAGUUUGGACACUGGACAUAUGAGUGUACUGGCAAACGAAAAUACCUUCACAGGCCAUCAAGGACAACAGAAAUGAAAAAUAAACUGAAAGAAAAUCAAAAUAAACAGGUCAAUGCCACAGGACCAGGAAAGGAAAGCUCCAAUGAGAAAAAAACAAAGAAGAAAAGGUCAAAGGAUGCAAGUGGUGGUGGUAGUAGUAGCAGCAGCAGUGACUCUGACAGCUCUUCCAGUGACUCAUCGUCUGACAGUAGUGACUCCUCAAGCUCUUCGUCAGACGACAGUGACAGCAGUAGUGACAGUUCUGACAGCUCUAGCUCCUCUUCCUCUAGCAGUUCAAGCAGCUCGGCCUCUGAUUCAUCAGAAGGAAGUGAUUCAGAUCAAGGUCCUCCCAAGAAGAAAAAGAAGAAAUGAAAAAGAUUUAUAUGUAUUGUGUUCCACCAUGACAUUAACCUGAGCUCCACUCUGACCCUCUAGCUGAUCAGGAGUUGUCUUACGAAGUAUACGGUGUAAAUUGUAAUGAACAAGCAGCAGGUUUGAGUAGGUUAUUUUCUAAAUAUAAUCCGUUAGUUACUAGUUAGUUACCUGUCCAAUUGUAAUCAGUAAUGUGAUCUGAUUAGUUUUUGUUACUUUUGGAUUACUUUCCCCUUAAGAGGCAUUUAUUUUUUUUUAAAAAGGAAAAAAAAGGGAUCCAUGAAAUGCAUUUCGUGUGUCAUGGUAGUGGUCUCUGACUUGUGAACAGACUCGCUCAGGUGGAACAAACUCUAACUUGCGCAUUUUUUUCAAUGCUAAAUUGAAUGUCAUUAGUUAGGUUUCCAUCCAAUUGGUGACAGAUUUUGAUGCCAAUAUUAAAAAAGCUGCAUAAAUAAAAUCUCUGCAUUUUCUCAGCAGAAAUGUUUCCAUCAAAUUGA